AUGUCAAGCAAGAAGAAACACAAACGAAAACACAGCGACAUCGAUGAAGACGAUGACGUUUUCUACUACCGCUACUGCGCUUCGUCCUCAACCCCCAACACCACCACCGGCACCACAUCCAGUAAUCAACCCCAAUCAAAAUCGAACAACAAAGGAUCAUCAAUAGGAGGAACAGGUGAACCCUUAGCACCAUCAAAAUCGACGCUAUACGUUUCUAAUCUAGAUUACUCCCUAACAAACUCUGAUCUCCAUACGCUCUUCUCUACUUUCGGCCGCAUCGCGCGUGUAACUGUUCUCAAAGACCGUCACACGCGCCUAAGCCGCGGUGUCGCGUUUGUCCAGUUCGUUUCUCGUAAUGACGCCUAA